ACUCAGCCUCAAACAAACCUGCAGCAUUAUGGAUAUGGAAUAUUCCGUCGUUAAUCUGUAACUGUCUGGAUACUGUCCAUUCCGUUUUCGGCUACUAGACCGCCGUCGUAGCUAUAUCCUACUGUAUAAUCUCAACUCGUGUACAACCAGAUGUAUCGCCUUGCCUGCCCUCAAGCCUCUAGGUUGCACUGACAAUUUCCUUGUUUACACUGCACAUCCUAUUCGCUUACCUCACAAAUGCUACGGGCUAUGUGCAAUGGCUUUUAUAAAGAAGAAAGAACGAUCCAAAGAGAGGUUUUCGCUGUUGUUACUUGACCUGGAAGAGUAUUAUUUUGAACAGCAUACCGCAUACCAGCUGAACAGCAAAAACACUGCCCAGAAAAGAAAAAAUAGAGGCUCUCUCAAGAUCUGCUCUAAAUCCAUAAUUUUUGAACCUGAACAAAUUGCUGAACCUAUCUUAAAGAUACCGCUCCGAGACUGCAAACAAAUUGAAGGAGUUGAAGAAAAUGAUCGUAAUCCUUUCAAUGAAGGCAGGCCUGCAGGAAUCUUCAUUGAAUGUCAGCAGGUUUAUUUCAUCAAAGAGAGCAAUGUUGUUGGCCCUUAUAGGAUUGAGAGGGGAGGCAGCAGCUUUUUCUUCCAACUUGAAGUUUCAAGGAAAACAGAAGAUGUUGUUCAAACAUUGCUCCAGCUUCACAGAGCAUCAUGCCUUGACAAGUUGGGAGAUCAGACCGCCAUGAUUGCUGCCAAUCUGCAGUCAAGGUUGGCUAGGACUUCAUUUGACAAGAACAGUUUUCAGAGUGUUUCUGAGAAGCCUCAUAUGGAGUGUGAAGCGGAGAUGGUCACUCCCCUGGUGACCAAUCCAGGUCACGUGUGCAUAACUGACCAGAAUCUAUACUUCCAGCCUCUGAAUGGAUACCCGGAGCAAGUGGUACAAAUCAUGCUUCACAGUGUUAGGAGGAUCUAUAAGAGGAGACAUGGUCUGAGACCGCUGGGACUUGAAGUCUUCUGCACUGAAAAUGAUCUCUGCUCAGAUAUAUAUCUGAAAUUCUACAACACUAAAGACAGAGAUGAACUGUAUUACUACAUUGCUACAUUUCUGGAGAACCACAUGGUGGAGCACACAGCAGAGAGCUACAUGUUGCAGUGGCAGAGAGGCCACAUCAGUAACUACCAGUAUCUGCUGCACCUCAACAACCUGGCAGACCGCAGCUGCAACGACCUGUCUCAGUACCCAGUCUUCCCCUGGGUCAUAGCGGACUACACCAGCCCUGAGUUGGACCUGCUGAACCCUUUGAGUUUUCGGGAGCUGGGAAAGCCGGUAGGAGCUCUGAACAGAGAGAGACUGGAGCGUCUGCUGGCCCGGUAUCGGGACAUGCCCGACCCAAAGUUCAUGUACGGAAGCCACUACUCCUCCCCCGGUUACGUGCUCUUCUACCUGGUCAGAGUGGCUCCAGAGUAUAUGCUCUGUCUGCAGAAUGGACGAUAUGACCACGCAGAUCGAAUGUUCAACAGCAUAGCGGAAACAUGGAAAAACUGCUUGGAAGGUGCGACUGACUUCAAAGAGUUAAUUCCAGAGUUUUAUGGGAGCGACCCCAGCUUCCUGGAGAACAGCCCGGGGCUGAACCUGGGAAAGCGGCAAGGGGGAAAGAUGGUGGGAGAUGUAGUUCUUCCUCCCUGGGCCUCAGACAUAGGCCAGUUCUUACUGAAGAGUCAGCAGGCCUUGGAGAGCCAGUACGUAUCGGAGCACUUGCACGAGUGGAUCGACCUGAUUUUUGGGUUCAGACAGAGGGGCAGUGAGGCUGUGGCAGCCCACAAUGUUUUUCAUCCAUUGACAUAUGAAGGAGGCAUUGAUUGUGAUAGCAUUGAAGAUCCGGAUCAGAAGAUCGCAAUGCUGACCCAGAUUCUGGAGUUUGGACAGACACCGAAGCAGCUGUUCAGCUCUCCUCAUCCUCAGAGGAUCACGCCCAAAUUCCAGUGCAUGUCCCGGACGCCGAGCCAGAAUGCCUCCCUCAGUGAGCUGUCCCCAGUCUCCCCCAGUGAGGACUCAUCCUUUGAAGACCUGACGGAGGAGAGCAAGAAGCUCUCGUGGAGCAAUAUGACCAAGCUGAAACUGGUGUCCAGCCACAAAAUCCAUAAAGAAGCUAUCACUGGAAUAGCAGUGACUCGAAGCGGAACCUCUGUUUUCACAACAUCACAAGAUUCCACACUAAAGAUGUUUUCCAAAGAGUCCAGCACAUUACAGAGAAGCAUGUCCUUCUCCAAUAUGGCUCUGUCCUCCUGCCUGAUGCUGCCAGAAGACGCCACCGUGGUGUGCUCCUCGUGGGACAACAAUGUGUAUUUUUACUCGAUAGCCUACGGGCGGCGACAGGAUACCAUCAUGGGACAUGAUGAUGCAAUCAGUAAAAUGUGCUGGCGGGACAAUCAGCUCUUCACAGCAUCCUGGGACUCCACGGUGAAGGUGUGGAGGUGCGUUUCCACUGACAUCACAAGUAAUAAGAGGAGCCAGUUUGAGCUGCUGGCUGAGUUUGAACAUGAUGCUGGGGUAAACACAAUCAACCUCAACCAAGCAGGUACUCUCUUAGCCUCUGGCUCGAAGGAAGGGGCCGUCAGCAUAUGGGACACCACUAACUUUGUGCUGUUACACCAAGUGCAGUGCCAUUCAGGGACAAUCCACGACAUUGCAUUCAGCCCUGACAGCAGGCAUGUUCUGAGUGCGGGGGAGGACCGCUCCCUCAGAGUGGUGGACGUGCAGACGGGCAUGCUCAUUUCCACGGUGACAGCUGACGAGCAGCAGAGGUGUUUCUGCUGGGACGGCAACACGGUGCUGUCCGGGGACCAGUCAGGGGACCUGCUGGUCUGGGACCUCAUGGCUGCCAAGGUUACUGAGAAGAUCCCUGGCCAUUCAGGUGGAGUGACAGCCAUGUGGAUGAAUGAGCAGUGCAGCAGCAUUAUUACUGGAGGGGAGGAUAAGCAGAUCCUUUUCUGGAAGCCCCAGUACUGAUACUGACAGGUCUAAAGUGCCUUUCUGCCCUCUCACCCAGUGCUUCCAGUGCUCCCACUGGCUCUCCCACCCAGUGCUCCCACUGACUCUCCCACACUGUGCUCCUACUCUGCAUCCCUCAUUCACGAUGAGACUCAUGACCCGUUGCAUCAUUUCAGUACGCUCAUUUAAUACUUUUCUUUCUGUUGUAGGCACAGAAAUGCGUCUCCCACUGGGUUUUUUGUCAAUUUUCCAAACAAUCUAAGAUUAUUUAUUUGCAAUAAUACAAAAAUUAUUUGCACUAAAUGCUUUGCCAUUCUGUCAAGCCUCUGUACACAGGUCAAUGUUGUUUCUUCUGAAACUGCUUUUUAUUGUGCAACCUUGUACAAAAUAUGUAGUUCUCUGUUGCGUGUGGUGUAAUUUCAGGGUUUUUUCUUGAAGUAUGUGCCUUAGUGUCUGUAUCAGAGAAGCUUAUUUUUUUCCAUGAAGCAAGCAUUUAUUGUCUAAAAACUGAAGCUGUAUUAGCAAAGAAAGCAGAACUAUUUCUGAAGAGGAAUGGAUUUGCUGAACUGUCUGUAUUGUGUCCAUUAUGAGUACAAGUAAGUAUACAUGCUACACAUCAAUAACGUCUUCAUAUUUAUAAUAUUUCAAACAAAUUCCAACCGAACAUGUAUUCGUCUACCAUCCUGUUCUGACAGACAAAACUGAUUCUUCAUGUCGUUCAGUGUUGCAACAACUUGAAAUGCUGUUUGUAUUGAAAUGUAAUCUAUUUUUCUUGUUGAGCUUCGACAUGUAUUCAUUUCAUUGUAUGCUUUCUCUAGCAUCUGGAAUUUCAUGUUUUUACAAUGAUGGUAAUGCAUGUAAACCUCACUGUGUAUUAUAUAUAUAUAUAAAUAUACAGAUAAAGAUAUGUAUACAAAACACUGUAUGAUACAUUAAAUGCAGAAAUACUCAUAUGCGCACAGUAACUGAUUAUAUUUGUGAAAACUUCUAACAAGCAGAGAAUAUUGAUUUAAGACCAAAAUUGUGUUCUCAACAUCAAUUGUACAUGGAUGUUCAAGUUAUUAUUGUAUGCCAGUUAUAUAUUGACUAUCAUAUAUUUACUUUGGAAAUGUGGAAAGGAGAUUCAUACAUCUUAAAAGAAUAGGUGUAUGUCACUGUAAUGUAGGUCUAAUCGUUGUUAGCAUGUGCAUUCUAAUAGUCUAAUUUUAUUGUAUUUUUAUUUUUUUCAUGCAGAACCUGAUUGCAGUAGUAUUAGUGUUAACCAUUUUUUUCCCCCUGGAUGAAAAGCAUCUGAGUGUACUUUGAUGCCAUGAAUGAAAUAAAACUAAAAUAUAACCUC